CAACGAAUUCGUACACUGUAUCGUAAUUUAGUGAGUUUCAAUUCACACUUAUAUCGGACAUGUCUGUUCUACCUCCGUUCAACGACGUGCUCUCCAGCAACGCUGAUGCACCCGGUGCACUCGCGCAGGCUAUAGCAACCUUAUUUGAACCAUCACCCAUCUUGUACUCUUCACUCGCACCAGAGCUUGUCUCGCACAUCGCCUUAUCGAGUGUGCCCCUCACGUCAUACUCUGACCUUAUUGAUGCCGCUCUGGGUGUCAUCUCGAGGUGGGACAAUCAGCGAAGGGCGGAGUUCAUAGCAGGACAUCCGCGGAUUGGCGAAGUCAAGGGUCUGUCGCACCUCAGUGCCAAGGAACAGGCUGCGGUCGCGACACCGCCUGAGGUUCUGGCACGGCUUGCCCACCUGAAUGCUUGUUAUGAGCAUCGCUAUCCGGGUUUGCGGUACAUCACUUUCGUGAAUGGGAGGUCAAGAACAGUCAUCAAAAAUGAGAUGGAAGUGGUGCUAGGAUUGGAGCCAUCACUGAGCCGUGACGAGCCUGCGGUCGAUUCAGUGAAUACUGUUGAGAUCGGCAGCUCGGAAUGGAAGAGCGAGCUGGAUAGAGCCGUGGCGGAUGUAGGGAGGAUUGCAAAGAGUAGAUUGAGUGCGUUGGGAACUUCUGCGUAAGGCGAUCGAUAAUGUCUACUGCACAUACAUGGAAAUCCGUAGAACAAGCAGUCCAUAGUCAGUGUACAAACAAAGUGAUCAGAUACCAGUUAUUGAUGAAAGCAAUAGAAUAAUGGACAUAUAUGCAAGCCUCA